AAAAGGUUGAACCUUUCAUUAGUGAUAUAAAACCUAUACUUUUGGAGAAUAUUUGGAAUUUAGUUACUGAAUAUGAAGAAACUACUGGAAGAAUAGCAGGCCAAGUUCCAUCACCUCCACCAUCUCCUAAGGUUGCUGCUACUACCAUUAUAGAGAAAGAAAAGCAAGAUAUUGAAGAUUUAGAAGUUAAUGAAGAGUUAUUAAAAACUCCACGAGCUAAACGUGGAACUGUAACACGACUUGAACAAGAAUUAAUGGAAUUAAAAUCAAGGUUUAAUAAUGCAAAUAAUUUGAUUAAGGAAGAUUAUAGUACAUAUAUUGCAAACGCAUCCAAAAAAGUUCAAGAACCUGAAGAGAUACAAGAGUUAACCGAACAAGAGUUAAGAGAAUUAGAAGAAUUAGAAGCUGAAGAAGAAUUAUUACGUAAAAAUACUCAAAAUGUAGAAACUGUAGAAAGUGUCCCUGAAAUUCCACCAAAAAGUAAAUCACUUACAAAAGGUCCUACAAGAACAGUAAAUAAAACGUCAUCUGUUCCUGGAAAACAAAGUACAAAGAAAUCAAAAAGUGAGACUGUAACACCAAAAAAAACUUUAAAAAGUACUCCUAACUCUAAAAGUAGUCCAUCUCGACGUGAGACAACUGAAGAUAAAAAGGUCUUAAGGAAAAACUCUUCUAAAUCAACUGAUGCAACUUUACGUGAAGAACCUGAAGAAAAUGUCCCCUCUGAAUCAAAAGGCGAUAGAUUCUGUAUCUUUUGUGAUGAGUACAACGAAAAUUUCACAGAAGAAAAUUUAGUGACUCAUUAUUGGAAUGAAUGCCCGAUCCUUGAAAUUUCGACACUUGAUGAUCACAUGUUAACUGAUUGUGAUAAAAACAAAUUUGUUAAACAAUGUCCCACAUGUCGUGAAGUUGUUGAUGCUGAUGAUUACUUAGCACACAUUAAUAAACAAACUUGCUUGGCUAUCAGAGAUGACAUUGUUCGAUGUCCACUUUGUAAAACAGUAAUUAAACCAGCAACCGAAGAAGGUUGGAAAUCGCAUUUAUUGAAUGCUAAUGGAUGUCCAAAGAAUCGUAGAAAGCCUACUAAUAAGGCUGAUGCACCUUCAACAGAAAGUUCUACACUUAGCGGUAAAAAACAUGCUCUAAAAAAGAUUACUGAAACUGGUUCAAAAUCAUCUGUAGCUUCUAAAGCUCCUGGCAAGAGUAAGGUUACAACAUCUGGUGGUAGUAGUAAAGACAAAUUAAAGAAAUCUGCAACAAAAUCUUCGAAAAUCAGAAAGUAA